AUGGGGGACGAAGAAAUAGUGGAUAAACUGUUUAAACUGUUGUGUUUUGCAGAUCCAGUGACAGAUGUGAAAGAGAAUCCAGACCAUAACUUGGGUAGCAGCUAUAAAACGUUCAUUAAGAGGGGAGCUAAAGGGCUGGGUCUGGUGCUAAUCAAAAAUGGAUCCUUUCUACAGAUCUUGAGAGUUAUUGAGAGUGGUCCUGGAGACUCAGAGACAAACCUGAAACCAGGGGACAUCUUGGUUAAAAUCGGUAACACGAACGUGCUGGGUUACAAACUGCGUGAACUACGUCAGCUGGUGGGAAAAAUUCCAAUCGGAACUCAAUUGCAAGUGGUCGUGUACAGGAAUUACAAGGAGAUCCCAGACAACUGGAAAUCCGAGGCAGGAGCUGACAGCAGCGAAGAAGGAGAAUCUGGCUUAUCGAGCAGCAGUGAUAACAAUGAUGGUGGUAAUGAUCAAACUUUUAGGGUAAGGUUCAACAACUUUAGGCCCCUGUCCUUAUUUUGGCAUAAUCCUGGCAUCUCCAUCCCACCUGUUUCCAGAAUGUGGCAUAGCUCAGAGAAGAACAGGAGCGUACUGCUCAUUGGUUCCCACAUCGGAUGUGACAUCAUGCUCCAUCGCGAGUUUGAGGAUAGCCACGAGGAGGAGGACAGCAAAGAAGAGGCCACAUCACCCCAUGUUCUCGGGUCAGAUGCCAUGAGCUCCACCUCAUCCUCCUCAUCGUCUGCAGACUUGCAGUGGAUAAAGCAGUUCCAGACCUCAGACCUGGCCCUCGUCCCAGCCACCACCCAGUGUGAGAAGACUGUGGACGAGCCAGCCCCUGCUGUCCCCAGCACAGCAGAAACCCCACCAGGCAAGGAAAAAGAGCAGAGUGGCUGCUCCACUGACUCCCCCACAUCGUCUGGCAGGGAAUCCUCGCUGCUGUAUCCCCAGAGUAGUUUCUCAAACACCUCCACUCAAUUCGUGGGCAGGAACUCAACCAUCACCAGCUCCAAGGAUUUCACGGGGGAUUCUUCCAGAUUGGACAUGACUCUCAAAGGUGACCUCCGUGUACCUGAGGGGUCUCCUGCAGAGUGCUGCACUGAACCACAGAACUCACAGCAGAAAACCUCUCCAGCUGCCUGUAGGACCAGGGACCAGUUUAAGGCAGCACUCUUCUACAAAAAGAACUACAUGUAACCACUGAAAGCAGCUCACAAUGUGCCAAUAUAAACUGGGCAGCAGUGGAGUAAAAGAUGUGAGUUACAUCAUGUUUCUCCAGACUUCCAUGUUGGAUAUUUGUCCUUCAGUAAUGCACCACACAUGAAUAAAUGACACUGACACUGCUGACUGGGACAAUAAUCUAUAU